CGGCCAGCGCUCGGAAUACACGCGUGCAAAUGUCUGUGGGGUUAUAAAUAAAAAUGUCGGUAGAAAGCGGUGAAAGAAGACUUGCGUCAUUGCUAGAUGAAGUUUUAGACCAUUCUUCAGAUGAAGCCAGCUUGUCGGAAGUAUCCGAUCAUUGCAGUGAACAUGAACAGGAAUCCGAUACGCAAGACAUACAUUUGGAAUAUGAAGAGAGCAGUGAAUGGGAUUCGGACGAUAAUAUCCCUCUUUUAGCUCUGAGGACAAGUCGUCGCUCUACAGUAAGCACCCAUGCACCUCACUAUAAAUCUAAAGAUGGCCAGAAGUGGUUCAAGCAAGCUCCCCGUACCAAUGUACGAAUUAGGUCAGAAAACAUUCUUGAUGAGCACCCUGGAGCCAAAGGUAUAGCGAAAGAUGCAAAAACUGAAGGUGAGUGCUGGAAUAUAUUCUUUACAGAGGAAAUGAAGGGGAUUAUAUUAGUGCACACUAACGAAGAAAUCUUGAGACGACAACUACUUUGCAAGGACCCUUCAAGACUAUAUUUUAUGAAAGAAACGACCUCUUCAGAACUCGAUGCUUUUAUUAGCGAUGCCAAGAAGUCUAUGUUCCACAUGAGUAUAUGA